ACCACCUCGCUGUGGCGCGGCUCCCUUUGCCAUGUAACCCUCCCCCCCCCUCUCUCUCUCUCACACACACACACGCACUCCCUGCCAUCCGAAGAGGUCGGGCUCUGCGGCUGCCUCUUUGCGUGAAGAGAGCGAGGCUUUGGGUCGGGAGCCGCCGUGCAUGUGUUUUAUUUUGGGCAGGAAUCUCCCCUCCCUCUCUCCCUCCCGGGGUCGGCGAAGGAAGAGUCCUCCUGGCAAGGAUGCGCCGACAGGUUUUUUAACCCGCCGAAGCUGAGAGCAGCGGGCCUGCAGCUUGGAGCCUCCCGGAGGAUUCACUCGCAAGAAGCCUAGUAGAUGGCUGAUCUAGUUCAUAACCACAGAACAGGAAAGAUGUCGUUGCCUAUAGAAAGGCACUACUAAAAGCUAAUCAAUGAGUCUAAGAUGGCUUCUAGGGAACCAGUUUCAAGAUAUGACCAAUCCAGGGGGCUAAAAUGCUGAUAACCGUAACAUCUCCCCAUGGGCCAGCUUCCCUCCACCCACAGACUCCACCCCCUCCUCUUGCUCCCAAGCCUGGAAUGGACAAUCUGAAACUACAGAGACUCUUGAAGAAAGCAGCAAAGAAGAAAGCAACAUUAUCAGCCCAGCAAGGCACAGCAUUCCGGUCCAGCUUGUCCCCUGUGAGUGAAGCCAGCCCAGAUUUGGAGCACAACAACCGAUCUUCCCCACUCAAGCCUGUGGAAACCCACACCCAGAUCACCAUUCACCUCCCGCCCCGCUUUUCCAUCAAGCCUAUUGCCCACCAUGUUUCAUCUCCCUUUCCUAAAGGAAAGCCCUUUAUGUUCACAGUCACAGAGCAGAGGAGCCUUUCAGAGCAUCUCAAACUGGCCACCUCACCUGCAGUCUCACCACUUCAGAGACAGAGCACUCCAGAACCUUCAUGGCAGCUCAGAGGCCACCCACCAGAGACACACAGAGAGCCACCUCCUCCAAGCACGGCACAGUCCACAUUUGUUUUCCCAGAACAUCCUGUUCCACCCAUACCUGUGCAAGAGACCCCAGUGCCAGUGAUCCACGUUGCUGAAACCCAUGCUUAUAUUCAUAGUGUGCAAGCGCCAAGGGCUAAAACCCAACUGUUAGAGCAGCCAACAGAAUUCCAUAGUUAUGAAGACAGGCCCACAGAUACCCAUUCACAGACAAAUCAUCCACACCCACCAACAACACAUUUUGUUAGCCCAGCCAGACCAAUUACUCCUGUGUUAGAUGUGACUUCAUCCCCUGAAACUCCUGCCAGGACAGUGAAAACUGAAAUACUUCAUGUGCCUGGGCAGCGUACACUAGUCACCUCCCCAACUCCUCAGCUCCAUAGACCCAUGACGCUGGAAAGCAGCAGAAGCUUAGAACUCCAUAGUGAGGCCCAGAGGCAGCCAAGUCCUCUCAUGCAUCAGAAGCACGUCACAGCAGAGGAAGUUACACCUGGUCCAGUGGUUGCCAGCAGACAUGUGCCUUCACCAGAAGCUAGGGCGGACAAGCAGGCUGCACCACCACAGCAACCUGCUGCUUCCCAGAGUACCACAAGCCCCUUACCAAAACCAAAGCCACCAGUGCCUCCUAAAACUAAGUUCAGUGGCUGGUCUCGCCUCAAGAAGCACUUGAUUGUAGAAUCUGAAGACCCACAGUUUCCUGUCCCAGAGUCUUCUGAGGCAGCUAAGCCAGAGCACAUGGAAGAAAAAAAGACGAGAGAAGAACCUCAAGCUGCCCCUGGUCUGGAGAAGAGAGUAACCAAGUCAAGAGCUAUCAAGAUGUGGGAUGCCAUUUUAUACCAGAUGACAACCAGAAAGGCAAGAGAAGAGCAAGCAGAAGAAAAAGAAACAAAGAGGGAGGGAAUAUUCUCUUUCCGGCGACGUUUGCCCCUUAUCCUCCAUCGACCACGCUUUGAUGCACGGAAGCUUAAGGAGCUGGCUUCCAAACCUAUGACAAAGAUCACUACUAUGUUUGAGGUACGUCGUAUCCAAAGCAAGCCACCUGAAGAAACCCUGAUAAGUUUUAAUAGGACUGCAUCUGGGUGGCAGUUGAAAGGAAGUGGUGAAUAAAACCUGUGGGUUAUAAUUGUUUUCCUUUUGUUUUUGGAGGAUGUGUGCCAAGCUGGGAGGGUUAGAAACAAAUGCAAAAUCUACCAAACCUGAAUCACUUGCAAGGCCAAUAUUAAUUCUAAUGGUGCUAAUAAUAAAAAUUCUUUCACAGGGUUGCUGUCUGUGUAUUUAGAGGUGUGCAUGUGUUUAGUAACCAUUUUUCAGCGAGAGAGGUGCUAAGAGUGAUAUACUUCACUACUGUUUUCCAUAUUUUCAGACUGAACAGAAAAUGUAUGAAACAAAGUGGCCUGCUAAAUGUCAAUAGUUUAAGCUGUCUCGCAAACAGCUUUAUACAGUUAACCUAACUAUAUAGUAUGGAUUUCUUGAGAUGUCACAUUAAGCAGAGUAAAUGUAUUGUGGAAAAAUUACCUAUAGGCCAGUUUUGCCAAACCUAUCCUACCCUGUAUGCAAACAUGCAAUUUGUUCUGUUUAAGAUGGAAUUGGAUGUUCAGGAUGGAAUGUUAGGAUGGAUGUUUAGGAUGGAAUUGGCUAUUCAUUGUGCAAAAAUUAUAUCACCUUGUCAAGUCACAACUCAUCACUGCUCAAGCAAACAGAUCCCCAGCACAAUAUAAAGCAGGGGUAUAAAAUGUGUAAACCCUGGGUCUUUUUAGACUUCAGUACCCAUCAUUGUUUGGCUCACAACUAGAGAUGAGGGUAUUUGUAUCCG